AUGGACGAAGAGCAUUGGAAAUGGGUGUUUACCAGAGAGAUAGAGGAACGGGAAGUCCCCCAUGCAUGGAGCUUUCAGAUACAAGAGAUUCACCAGAAACCAGAAGGAUGGCUUCAAUAUACACUUUGUGCUUUUGGAAGGUUUUGCUGCUCCACCUGUGGUCGUUUCUGGGCUUCCUCAAAAGUCCAUGUUGUAUUCUACAUUAAGAUGGUCAGAAAAACAGGCCAAGUGAUGAUGUAUGUCUUCAAACAAAAAUGUAAAAUAUGCAACACUAACAGCUACGAGUAUCCUACAUUCACCGAAGAGAACAUUGAGAUCGUUAUUAACAGGCUGGUAACUAGGAUACUUGUAAAAUACUUUGGUAAACUUGCAACCGAUGAGCCAGAGAGGAAAUUUAUUGUGAGUGGAAACCAGACUGGCCCUCACGAUAGAGGAAAUUGUGAGGCUUGUGCUUCUGGAGUCUGUGAUAAAGGAAAUACAGAUCCUUAUAGAGGACCAUAUUAUUCCGUUUACUCCAUAUAUGACACAGAUGAAACAGAGUCAAUACCAGACCAAACCUGUUGUUGUGUUAUAUUGUAA